GCGUAAAAUAGGCCUACCCGUCAGCCAUUUUUUUAUUAUUCUUGUACCAUGUUAUGAACAGUUCGUAUUUGUAUUUUUGCACCGAUUACCUACCCAUUUUGUUCAAUGUUUCAUUUAGUGCGACUUGUUGAUGGAAGUGCUUCAAACGAAGGAAGAGUUGAGGUCUACGCCGACGGAGGAUGGGGUACUGUGUGUGAUGAUUCGUGGGAUGAUACAGAUGCUACAGUUGUUUGUCAAAGUCUCGGCUUUGGGUCUGGAACAGCACACUCUAACGCUCUCUUCGGAGAAGGUUCAGGUGAUAUCCUGCUCGAUGAUGUAUCUUGUGAUGGAGAUGAAACUUCUCUUCUGGAAUGUUCUAAUUUUGGAAUCGGCGUUCAUAACUGUGGACACUCUGAGGAUGCGGGAGUCACUUGUUCAUUAGCAGAAUUAGUACGACUGGUCGAUGGAAGUGCCUCAAACGAAGGAAGAGUUGAGGUCUACGCCAACGAAGGAUGGGGUACUGUGUGUGAUGAUUCGUGGGAUGAUACAGAUGCUACAGUUGUUUGUCAAAGUCUCGGCUUUGAGUCUGGAACAGCACACUCUAACGCUCACUUCGGACAAGGUUCUGGUGAUAUCCUGCUAGAUGAUGUAUCAUGUACUGGAAGUGAAUCUUCUCUUCUGGAAUGUUCUAAUAAUGGAAUCGGCGUUCAUAACUGUGGACACUAUGAAGAUGCGGGAGUAACUUGUUCACCAACAGAAUUAGUACGACUGGUUGAUGGAAGUGCCUCAAACGAAGGAAGAGUUGAGGUCUACGCCAACGGAGGAUGGGGUACUGUGUGUGAUGAUUCGUGGGAUGAUACGGAUGCUACAGUUGUCUGUCAAAGUCUCGGCUUUGAGUCUGGAACAGCACACUCUAACGCUCACUUCGGACAAGGUUCUGGUGAUAUCCUGCUCGAUGAUGUAUCAUGUACUGGAAGUGAAUCUUCUCUUCUCGUAUGUUCUAAUAAUGGAAUCGGCGUUCAUAACUGUGGACACGCUGAGGAUGCGGGAGUAACUUGUUCACCAACAGAACUAGUGCGACUGGUUGAUGGAAGUGCCUCAAACGAAGGAAGAGUUGAGGUCUACGCCAACGGAGGAUGGGGUACUGUGUGUGAUGAUUCGUGGGGUGAUACAGAUGCUACAGUUGUCUGUCAAAGUCUCGGCUUUGGGUCUGGAACAGCACACUCUAACGCUCACUUCGGAGAAGGCUCAGGUGAUAUCCUGCUCGAUGAUGUAUCUUGUGAUGGAGAUGAAACUUCUCUUCUGGAAUGUUCUAAUUCUGGAAUCGGCGUUCAUAACUGUAGACACGCUGAGGAUGCGGGAGUCACUUGUUCAUUAGCAGAACUAGUGCGACUGGUUGAUGGAAGUGCCUCAAACGAAGGAAGAGUUGAGGUCUACGCCGACGGAGGAUGGGGUACUGUGUGUGAUGAUUCGUGGGAUGAUACAGAUGCUACAGUUGUUUGUCAAAGUCUCGGCUUUGGGUCUGGAACAGCACACUCUAACGCUUACUUCGGAGAAGGCUCAGGUGAUAUCCUGCUCGAUGAUGUAUCUUGUGAUGGAGAUGAAACUUCUCUUCUGGAAUGUUCUAAUUCUGGAAUCGGCAUUAAUAACUGUGUACAUGCCGAGGAUGCGGGAGUCACUUGUUCAUUAGCAGAACUAGUGCGACUGGUUGAUGGAAGUGCCUCAAACGAAGGAAGAGUUGAGGUCUACGCCAACGGAGGAUGGGGUACUGUGUGUGAUGAUUCGUGGGAUGAUACAGAUGCUACAGUUGUCUGUCAAAGUCUCGGCUUUGGGUCUGGAACAGCACGCUCUAACGCUCACUUCGGACAAGGUUCUGGUGAUAUCCUGCUAGAUGAUGUAUCUUGUGAUGGAGAUGAAACUUCUCUUCUGGAAUGUUCUAAUAAUGGAAUCGGCGUUCAUAACUGUGGACACUAUGAAGAUGCGGGAGUAACUUGUUCACCAACAGGAACCGAAGUACGUCUGGUUGAUGGUUCCUGUUCCGGCGAGGGAAGAGUCGAGGUUUUCUAUGACGGGGUCUGGGGGACUGUUUGUGACGACUUAUGGGAUGAUACUGAUGCGACCGUUGUCUGUCAAAGUCUUGGAUACACAUCAGGAAUCGCGGUAGUAGGAAUUGCAGGAUUCGGAGAAGGAACUGGGGAGAUACUUCUUGAUAAUGUACAAUGUACCUCCACUGAUACCGACCUCUUUGACUGCCAGAGCAAUGCUAUCGGAUAUCACAAUUGUUCCCAUGCUGAAGAUGCGGGAGUGAUGUGUUCGUAAGGAAGAUGAUUGAUGCUGGAAGAUCUUGUGUCUAUUGAACUCAAACCAGAUUUGUUUGAAAUCUUCAAAAUUGGUGCCUAGAUUUUAUCAAUUUUAAAAUUCUAGAAUGUUUCUUUAUAUUUGUUCUCUUCCGCAUGAACUAGGGCAUACAGUAAAACAUACGCUUCAUAUUUACAGGUUUUUAAAUCUUUGGUGCACGGUUUGCUGCAGAUUUACAGUUAGGCUUAUUUUGAUUUGAUUGCAUCUUGUAUAGGCCCCUACAACUAAACCCUAAGCUGGCCAUGUAUACAUUUGAUGCAUGGUCAUUUAACCUAUAGGUUCGAAUCUUAUGGCAUAAUUAACAAGCACCGUAGAUCCUUGUAAUGAAAAACUAUGGAGGUUAUCAUUGUUAUGAUGCCCCAAGUAAGUUAGAUAAUGAUUUGAUAAAUCAAUCAAUAAAUAUUAAUCAUUACGUAACAACCACAAUGAAAUAUAUACACAUUUAUGACCAAGUACUUUGCCUUUCCAUAAUCAUCACGUGACGCAAAUGAUAGAAUGAAAAAUGUCUGUUUUAUUAGGUUUAAAGUUUUAUCGUUAAUCAUUUACAUAAUGUUCAUCUUUCCAUGUACAAAUCAAUAAUCGUUAACGUUAUAUUCAAGGAGCUAUUGACGGUAAAUGUGUAUAGAAAUAAUUGAGUGAAAUAUUACUCAGAUGAAAUAACUAACGAAUUAAAAAAUCAAUGAAUCAAGGUGGACCUGGGCACAAAGUUUAGUAAUUAAUCGCUAAUUUGAAAGAACAAUUUUGAUUAAUUGUCGUCAGUUAGUCAUAAUGCAACGAGGAUCUUGAUAUGCCAUUUCAUUAAGCGAUUCGCUAUGUUACGGGGUCCUGAUAUAUAAAUUUCCGAAUCUUAAUAUUUGUCUUAAUGCUAUGAGAUCAAAUUAUUAUUCAUUUCGAAAGCUUAGAUAUAUCAUUCUUUGUCAUUUUAUUUCAUGGAGAUGUGCAAUUAUGACGUCCAAAUUGUAGGCAUUUUUUUUUUCUUUGGUCUGACAUUGUUCAGUUAAGGUCAUCGUAAAAUCUUGAGUUCUUGACUUAAUAAUUCGCAAAAGUUGUUGGUAAAAAUAUCAUAAUUAUAUUUUCUUUCUUCUGUAAAUUCGGUGUUACUUUUUUGUUUACCGCGAGUGUUUGUGUGGUAUCUUAUAUAGAGUUGAAUAAUAAAAUAAUUGCUAAGUGGAGUAUGUCUUAUGAACGGGAACGAAUUUUUAUAUGACCUUAUGGUAUCUUUGGGAAUAAAAUCUGUCUGCAUUACA